AGUUGAACACACCUAAUGUGUUGAAACGCGUUUGAAGCGAUUGCCAUGUUUUUGUCUUGGUAGUUUGUGUACGUGUAAAAUGAGUGAUUCUACUGAAAGGCUUCAAGGGACAAAACGAGCUGCUUCUCCCAAUGAAUCAGGAUCUGUACAGUGGGAGUCAGCAGAUCUGGGGACCGAUGAAAGGAAAAACAAGUUUUUGAGGCUAAUGGGGGCUAAAAAGAAAGAGCACACUGGACGCCUUGUAAUUGGAGAUCACAAAUCUACAUCAAAAGUUCGCACUGAUGCAGAAGAUCAGAGGAUCAGCUCUGAGCUGGAGCACCAGUAUCAGCAGGGUCUAGAUGGAAAGCUCUCAGGCCGGAACAGAAGACACUGUGGUCUGGGAUUUAGUGAGCCUGCUCCAAGACCUGAGAGUGUUAUUGAAUCAGAAAGGCCAGGAAAUGCAGACAGCUCUUCUGAACCGAUACAAGAACACCAAGAGGAGCCUGAAAAGAAAAAUGUUCCCAGUCAAGAUCAGGAAAACCCAAAAACCUCAGACUCAAAGGAAGACAGAAAAAAAAGUUUUAAAAUGUCAUUUGUCAAGGCUUCAUAAAGCUACAAAAAAGGUUCUUUUAACUGUCCUCCAGUUUUCUCUUCUUUAAACCUGGAAUUUUGAUUUCUCUUUUACAGACCAGAUUAUUUUUCAAGCACAUAAAUUCAACCUUUACUUUCCCAGUUCUGAGAAAACAACUGAUUUUUUUAAAAGUAUACAGACAUUAAUGUGCGUCAUAUAGAAACAUCAGUAUUGAAUGUAUGUAAAUAAUUUGUUUGCUAUCAAUAAAAAGAACAAUAAUGUAGUGUAAUGUUAAGCAUCUUUCAAAAUUCUGCAUUAGUACAAUUUGAGAAAUUCUUAGCCACCCUGAACCUGCAGUGGUCAGUGCUGCACCCACACUAAUAAAUGUUUUUUUAAUUAA